AUGCCGCUGCUGACGUACAGUCAUAUACUGCUCCGGGCCAGACCUCCGGCAGCCACCGCCGCCACCCAAAUUCAAGAUGCACUGAAGGCAGCAACAAAAAACAUUGAGACCGAGAGGCGCCUGGGAGUUCGUCAGGCAAUAGCGGCGCCCAGCUUGCGGGGACGCUUUGCUCGCUUAGGGAACCCGAAAAAGCCUGUCCGCAAGCCCAACAAGCCCCUCAUUCUAGCCAACCGUGUCGGGGAGCGGCGCCGAGAGAAGGGAGAGGCGACCUGUAAUCCAGAAAUGUCAAUUAUGAUGGCUUGCUGGGAACAGAAUGAAUUCCGCGACGAAGCGUGCAGAAAAGAGAUUCCGGACUUCUUCGAGUGUGUUUCAAGAGCCGAGGCAGCCCGCAAAAUGACAUCUACACAGGACACCCUGGGAGAGUCUGGGAGUUUAUCUCCCAAAAAACUGAAUAAAUUAUUAAGAAGUUUUCCUAACAAACCUUAUGUCAGUUGA